AUGGAUGUUGCUUCUAAUGAAACGAUGUCUUGCUCAUUGUUUCCCUUAUUCACGACUCAGUAUCUUUGCUCGUUUCUAGAACUGAUUGGAAUUAAGAGGAGGGUUCCUCUAGCUGAAAGCAAGAAUUCUAAUAAAAUCAAGGACAAUGUAGAUGAUGAUGAUGACGACGAUGAUAGUUAUGAUGAGACUGACAGAGAUGGUAACUUUAAGAUUUAUGGAGAACAUACAACUAGUGAAGAAGAAGGAGCUUUUAAUAACGGUGAAAGUGCCAAUGAUGAUAAUGAUGAUGAUAGUGAUGAUGCUAUUUAUGAUAUGAUUUGUGGAGAACAAAGCAAUAGUAUUGAAGAUGAUGACGACGAUGAUUUCGAUGAUGAUAGUGAUGGCCGAUGUGAUGCAAAUGGUAAAAUUUAUGGGGAACCAGUAAAUAGUGAUGAUGAUGAGGAAGAAAAAGGUCAAGCACUAUCGAAACAGAAAAAAUAA